CUCACCCCUCUAACCAAGUGGGUCGGGCCGGAUUUCUACGGACUCGGGUUUCCCUUGGCCGGCUGGUGGACCAUGGCUUUGCGGCGGUUUCUGCCCGUCCUCCUCUUGGCUCAUCUGGGGCUUGUGGUCGAGGGCAGCCAAGGGCAGGCCACGGUGCCUGGCAAAGGGAAAGGCACCAAAGAGAAAGCGCCUGUUUACAACCCGGCCAAGAGCGCGGCUCUGCCUUCUGCUCCCUGGAGCCAAGCGCUGGAGGAGGGCGGCGGCGGCGGCAUCUUGGCACAGCGGUUCGCCCAGGAGGUGCCCCCCAGCGUGGCUUCUUUCCUCUACACUGGCGAUGCCGGGGCCCUGAGGCGGGCCAACUGCUCCGGGAGGUAUGAGCUGGCCGGCUUGGCUGGAAAGUCUCGCCUGGCUUCGCACCCGUUGCUGCACGGCGCCCUGGACACCCUCCUCCACACCACCAACUUUCUCAACACCGUUCUACAGAGCAAUAAAUCCCGGGAACAGAACUUGCAGGAAGACAUCGAGUGGUACCAGGUCUUGAUCCGGAGCCUGCUGGAAGGGGACCCCAACAUCUCUCGGGCAGCCAUCACCUUCAACCUGGAGCCCUUGACCUCUGCCCCUCAGGUCUUCCUCCAAGCCAGCCGGCAGGACAGCCAAAUCCUGCUGCAGGACUUGUCUUCAGUCGCUCACUUCCUGGCCAACGCCUCCUCCAGCGAAACAGAGUGGUUCCACAGCUUGAAGCGCAAGUGGAGGCCCCACCAGCACCGGAAGACCUCCGGCCCCGGUUCUAAGGUGGCGGAGAGUAGCUUGAGGAGGAGGGAUGGCCACCCUGCAGAGAAGAGCCACAUCAAGUGGUCCUCUCCGUACCUGGAGUGCGAGAAUGGGAAUUACAAACCUGCCUGGCUGGUGACUCUCUCUGCAGCUUUUUAUGGGCUGCAGCCGAACCUCCUUCCUGAAUUCAGGGGUGUUGUGAAAGUGGACAUAAACCUGCAGAAAGUGGACAUUGACCAAUGUUCAAAUGAAGGCUGGUUUUCUGGGACUCACAUGUGCCAUCUAAAUAGCACCGAGUGUAUGCCAAUUAAAGGUCUUGGAUUUGUACUCGGAGCCUACACAUGCGUUUGUAAGGCUGGAUUCUAUAAUCCCAAAAUAUUUUCAAUGAACAGCGUUCACAGAAAGGAUGCAGAGGGCCAUUUUUCUGGAGAUGAGCUGUCUGAGGAAGUCUAUGCCUGCUUCCCCUGCAGGGAAGGUUGUUCUUACUGUACAGAUGGUGCUCCCUGCUAUGCACAGGAGGACAAGUAUUUACGGCUUGCUAUCAUCUCAUUCCAAACUCUCUGUAUGCUGUUGGCCUUCAUCGGCAUGCUGGUGGUCUACCGUUUCCGCAAAGCCAAGAGCAUCAAGGCAUCAGGUCUCAUUCUCUUGGAGACUAUCCUAUUUGGGUCACUGCUUCUUUAUUUCCCGGUUGUCAUUUUGUACUUUGAGCCAAGUGUAUUUCGCUGUGUUCUCCUGAGAUGGGUUCGUCUUCUGGGAUUUAUUACUGUUUAUGGAACUGUUACACUCAAGCUGCACAGGGUUUUGAAGGUGUUCCUCUCUCGAACUGUUCAACGAAUCCCCUAUAUGACCAGUGGACGGGUGAUGAAGAUGUUGGCUGUGAUCUUUUUGGUAGUGGUUUGGUUCCUCAUAGGCUGGACUGCUGCAGUCUGCCAAAACCUGGAGAGAAAUAUUUCACUCAUCGGCCAUGGGCAAACACCAGAUCAUCUGAUCUUCAAUAUGUGCCUGGUAGACCGGUGGGAUUAUAUGAUGGCUAUUGCUGAAUUUCUAUUCCUCUUGUGGGGCGUUUAUCUCUGCUAUGCAGUGCGGACAGUACCCUCGGCGUUUCACGAGCCACGCUAUAUGGCUGUUGCAGUUCACAUUGAGCUGAUUAUCUCUGCUGUAUUCCAUACAAUCAGGUUCAGUCUUGCUUCAAGACUUCAGUCUGAUUGGAUGCUGAUGCUGUUCUUUGCACACACACAUUUGACUGUGACAGUCACUAUUGGGUUACUUCUGAUCCCGAAGUUUUCCCGUUCAAGCAAUAAUCCACGAGAUGAUAUAGCUACCGAAGCCUAUGAAGAUGAGCUUGACAUGGGGAGGUCUGGAUCCUAUCUGAACAGCAGUAUCAAUUCAGCUUGGAGUGAGCAUAGCUUGGACCCAGAAGAUAUUAGGGAUGAAUUGAAAAAGCUGUAUGCCCAGCUAGAGAUCUACAAGAGGAAAAAGAUGAUCACCAAUAAUCCACACCUUCAGAAAAAGAGGUGCUCUAAAAAGGGCUUGGGUCGUUCAAUCAUGCGAAGGAUUACCGAAAUCCCUGAGACGGUCACCAGGCAGUGUUCGCGAGAGGAAAAGGACCUUCUUGAACAUGGGGUGUCAAAGAAUACCACCCUGGCCAGAAAACCCCCACCAGAUUCCAGUGGACACAUCAAACCGAAGGAAGAUUCUCUGAGAAACAGGGUCUUCUCGUUAAAAAAAUCUCAUAGCACUUAUGACCAUGUUCGAGACCCAACUGAAGAGUCUAAUAGCUUAACUACAGAAAGCGUCGAAGUUAUAACAGCCACAGAGAAUUCCUUGCUGGAUUCUCUCCCUGUGAAAAAGCCGACCAAAAAGGCUUCCGAAAAAGCUGACGCCACGUCCACAGAAAAUGUCCCCUUGGUGUGCAAAUCUGUGAGCGCUCACAACUUUAGUGCUGAUAAGAAACCUCUCCACCCGAGGACAUCAGUGUUGCAGAAAUCGCUCAGCGUGAUUGCCAGCGCCAAGGAGAAGACGCUGGGCUUGGCGGGGAAAAUGCAAAGUGAAGAAAGCAGCAAGUCCCAGAAGUCUCAAGCAAAGGGCAAAGAGGUGAGCAAAAAGCAUUCGGCCUCUGAGAAAAACGACCAUAAAGACUCGCACCGAAAGAACUCUGCCCAUGCAGAGGAGUCGAGAAAGCCCCAUAAAUCUGGAAUAAUGAAGCAGCAAAGAUCCAGUCAGGUAUCUGGAAACCCUGAUGCAGGAGCAGCUAAGUCACUGCCAAAGAACAGUGUUGAUAUAGGAGAAGUUUGUCCUUGGGAAAUCUAUGACCAUAGCCCCGGGACUGGGAGUUCUGACUGUAAAGUUCAAAAGCAUGUGUCCAUCGCUUCGGCUGAAUCAGAGAAACCCCCUCCUUCACAGACAAAGGGAAAGACCCAUCACAAGGCUACUGACGGGCAUCAGCUACCCAAUCAAAAGAGCUUAGAUAGAUGUGAAGUAUGCCCUUGGGAGAGCCAAGAAGAACAAGUGAUAGAAGACCCGAAAAAGCAUUUGAGUCCCAAGGCUCAGCAAGAAGCUCCUGGGAUAAAAGGGGAACAUAUUAAUAAACACUCUGAAGUCAGUGGUUGUGCUGCAGAGCCCAAGGAACUGCCUCAACAGGCAGCAGCGCAAACCACAGAGAAAGAUUUUCUCAGUAAACUGGGAGACCAGACCAAAAAUGCAGCCUCCACUCUAGCGGGGAACGCUUUUCCCUCUGAUUCUGCGAGGUCAUCAAGUAGUAACUCACAGAAAGCUCUGACCUCUCGCGUGGACAUUUGUCCUUGGGAGUACGAGGUGCCGGAAUUACCGAAAGCAGAUAUAGCUUUAUCGAACGCAACCAGUUUAAGCUCAAACAAAAUGGCGGCACGCCCCAAAUAAGAAGGGCUUAAAACUGUGAAAAGAGAAGUGACGGCAGAAGGGGAAAGGGCAGGGAAGAGGCGGGGGAAAGGGCAGGAGGAUCUGCGAUUUCCAAAGGAGCAUCACUUUAACCAGGCGAUGAUCACAUUGAAUACGUAGGAAGUAGGCAAAGUCAAUUGUCUCUUUGUUUGUUUGUUUUUAUCAUUGAGUGCCAACUGUUUUAUCAGUGCGACCCGGGACAAGAGGAGCUA